AGGAGCUCAGGCUGGGCUCCUCUUCUUCUUCUUCCGACUGCCCCAGCUGACUCCCGUAAACAUGGCGGCCACGGCUUGUCGGGGACUGCUGAGCCUCGCCAGGAAUGCCUCCAAGUCAGUGGUGCCAAGAGUGUUCGGGGCAAGACUGUGCAGCACUGAACUCCACCCCACCAUACGACCUGUUAACACUGUUCAAAGGCAGACCCUCUCUGAAUUUGGCCAGUAUGUUGCAGAGUGUAUGCCAAAGUAUGUCCAGAAGGUGCAGAUUACAGCAGGCAAUGAGCUAGAGGUGUUGAUUGCCCCUGAGGGAGUGGUGCCGAUCAUCACUUUCCUCAAGGACCACACUAAUGCACAGUUUACCUGCCUGGUUGACCUGUGUGGUGUGGACUUCCCCACCAGGGCGUACCGUUUUGAGGUUGUUUACAACCUCCUGUCACUGCGCUACAACAGCAGGAUCAGGGUGAAGACAUACGCAGAUGAACUGACUCCUGUGGACAGCAUUUUUGAUGUUCACAAAUCUGCAAAUUGGUAUGAGCGUGAGGUGUGGGACAUGUUUGGAGUGUUCUUUGCAAACCACCCAGACCUGCGCAGGAUCCUCACUGAUUAUGGCUUUGAGGGGCAUCCAUUCAGGAAGGACUUCCCCUUGUCUGGCUAUGUGGAGUGUCGGUAUGAUGAUGAAGUAAAACGGGUUGUGGUGGAACCAAUAGAGCUUGCCCAAGAAUUCCGUAAGUUUGACCUCUCCGCCCCGUGGGAGCAGUUUCCUAACUUCCGGGAACAUGAUGCUGCAGAGGAAGUGCCCAUCAAGGAGGAGAAGUGAGCCAAGAGAUGCACAGCCAUAAUUUAUUGAAAGCUACCCAGAAAGUCAUCUUGGCACCAAAAGUAAGCCGUUCAAAACCUUUCUUUGUUUAUAGGUACUCAGUUAUGUACAUAAUGAUGUAAGUAAUAAAACUUUUAAAAGAU